AAUAGAUAAUACCGGAGCUGAUUUGUCUGUGAUAGACCUAACUGUAAAUAUCUCCGCAGCAAGUCUCAACCCAAGCUGAGAUAGUCUUACUAACCUACUUACGCUGUACUGAUCACCCAGGAACUACAACCAAUAUGGAGACAGCGCCGCUCGUUGUACUCGUUGUACUUAUAUGUUCAGUGAACCUUGUCCCGUGGACAGAGUCAUGCGAGACGGCCGCUGACUGCCCGUUUCUGUACUGUUGUGUGCACCCAAAGGGCAACUCCGUGGACAACCAAUAUCGCCAGCAUCAGCACAACGCUGGCGCUGUGACUGGUAGACGGAGUGAAGGCGACGUCGACAACGACCUCGUUGACAGCGGUAGAAGGGCAGUGAAGGGUACCUGUCAGACAAUGAAGGCGCAAGGACAAAUCUGCUGGACAAAGACGGACGUUGCCUACUCCCCCCCAAAAGACAUGACCGACGACUGCCCGUGUCAGAGAGGGUUAUACUGUGUGGCCAAUGGCGUCUUCCUGCCAGGGGGAGAAGUGGGUGUAUGCAGCAUCUAGCAGAAGAUCAACAGCACAGAAACAAGCGAUACUGUCUAUACUGAUUUGUAAAGGGAUUAUAGUGUAUCUUACAACAUAUGUACACACAUACACGCGCAUACACACACACACACACGCGCGCACGCACGCACGCACGCGCGCGCACACACACACACACACACACACACACACACA